AGUUAUUGAGUGAGUACACAAAUGUUCUGCCGGCUACGUCAGAACGGUAUUUAAUAAAUAAUUUUUGUCAUAUUAUUAAUUCAUAUUCUACGAUCUGUGAUGGUUUAAAUUUGUAACAUCGUUCUUCUAACACGUUUUUUCAUUGUGUUUCGUCGAGAACUGUCACCAUGAAAUCCGUGUUUUUGUUUACCGUUUUGACAAGUUAUUUGUGCUUAUCAACCAGUAUAUCUGUUGAUACAUAUUUGACGGCUAGGGACAAGGAACAACUGAAAAGUGUACUGUUAACUGGACUAGUAUCUGAAAAUUUGUCCGACAUCUUCUAUGCUGUUGCUGGAUUGCAACAAAUUGAUCAAAAAGUACCUGAUGCUCAAGCAAUAUGUAAUAAAUUGGUGAAAUUAGUUGGGAAAUCAAAGGCUUUUGAUUCUGUGUAUUUUUCAACAAGUGCAUGGAAAGUGAUUAGUACAUGUUCAGGCAAACUAGCUGUUGAUGAAUCUGUUCAAGAUGUAUAUACUAUGUUAGAGAAAAAAGAUAUUAGAGAUGUACACAUGGCUGAUUUAUACUUUGGUGUUAAUAUUUUAAGCAACUUUAACCUCAAACCCAAGGAUAUUACUAAACUUAUAAAUAUCAUCAAAAGAAAAAUGAAGCCUGAUGAUACCAUAACUGAUUUUGGAUAUUCAAUACAUUUAUUGGCAAGUCUUGGCCCUGAAGGGCGUUUUGCUUUUAACCGUCUUUCUGAUGCAAUUAUGCAAGUUGAUGAAGUAGAUCGAAAAUAUUUGCAAUUUGAAGGAGGUUUAUCAAUUACAGCUCUUGUGUUAACUGGGAUAUAUAAGUUUUGUGAUGCUGUGCAGUGUAAUACUUCAUUUCCAAUACAAAAUGAUCAAGUUUUGAUGUUUAGUAAUUAUUUAUUAUCUCGUAAAUCAGUUCAAACGCCUAAAGGAGCAUACUAUUUACUCAAUGCUCUUAAAACUUUGUCUAAUAACCAAUACCAUUUACCAAUCGCUGCUACUCUUGUAAAACCCAUGGGUGAUUUAGAUGAUACGCAGAAAACACUUUCUGUAAAGUUUACUAAUUUACUUGGAGAACCAUUACCAACAUCUCUUUCUGUUGGUGUUGAAUCAGCAAUGUUAAAUAAUAAAGUUGUUAUGUCUAAAAAUAAGUUUAAAACAACUGCCGAUAAAACUGUGUAUGAAUUAGAUUUUAAUGAACCAGAUUUGUCCACGGGACUCUAUAGUUUAGUGAUAAAUGCUAUACCAUUAGAAAAAAUUAAAGUUCCACUUUUGGGCAAUACAGCUAUUCCACUUGAAGUUAAAGUAUCCGCUUCUUCUGUCAACAUUGUUAACUUUAAAGUCGGCACAACUGAUAAUGAUCAACAAACUAGUCCAUCACUUCAAACUUUGAAGUAUGGUGAAAAAUUAUCAACUCAGUUGAAAGCAGACCACAUGCAAAGAAUUGUUGUACGUUUCACUAUUAAAGAUAAUCAGAAUAAGAAAAAUUUACAAAUGCAUCAAUCAUUUAUUAGAUUUACAAAUUCUAAGACUGGGUCCCAAAGUGUAUUUGUUGCUGAACUAGAUUCUCAAAAUAAUUAUAAAUUGGAUAUGGAUUUAGGUGUCAAGUCACCAUUAUUUAAACACGCAUCUAAUGUGUAUUCAAUGGAUUUAAUUAUUGGUGAUUCUCUUUUAAAAAAACCAAUCGUUUGGAAUUUUGGUGACAUAAAAUUAAAAUUUUUAGAAAAUGAAUCAGUUCCUUCUGAAUCUUUUGCAGAAUAUUAUCUGCCAAAAAAAUUAAUUUCGCAUACUUUUAGAGAACCUGAACCUAGACCACCUCACGGUGUGUCUCUAUUAUUCACCAUAUUAUCUCUGGCACCAUUGUUGGUUCUCUUUAUUUUGUGGGCUCGCUUAGGAGUUAAUAUUAAAAACUUUCCAUUCAAUUUGAGUGCUAUAGGAUUCCAUGGAGCAUUAGCUAGUAUAUUUAUACUGUUUGGAAUGUUUUGGGUGUACCUAGAUAUGUUCAUGACAUUGAAGUAUUUAUUGGUGUUGGGGAUCUCAGCAUUUUUAUUUGGAAAUAGAUUACUAUCAUACAUUGCAAGAAGGAGAUCCAAGUAAUUAAGAACAUUUGUAAUCAAAUUAAUUGAAUGCUGGUUUAAUUUAUAUUCAUUGAUUUUUUUAUUGAUUGUGGUUUGGAUAAUUAGAAUCCAAGUAAAUUUAUUCAUUCCAAUGUGUUUCAAAAAAUGUCAUAUUUUUUUUUCAUUUUUACUAGUGUUGGAUUUUAUCUACUAAAUUAUCAUCUUAUUGUUGCACAUUUAAUUAAUAAUGUAUCUCAUAAAUAUUGUAAUAUAAAUGUAUUGAUUACAUACAUACAUACACACAU